ACGAUGUGCACAGCAACCUCGCCUCUACAACAGCGCAGUUGGGCAAACGCCAUGCAAGAAGACUCGCCGCUGCUUCCGUCCUCCCGGAUCCUCGACAUCCGUGGCGCGGCGCCGCCGCGGUCCGGCCUCCGCCACCGGCAGCAGCCCUUUAGCCGCGUCAAACCAACGCCGGGCCCGCUCCCGCCCGUGAGCUACCGCGCGAUCGUGUGGCAUGUGCUGCACUAUCGGUCGUCGAUCCAGCACGUGACGUACAUCCAGCAGUGCUCGUACUACGUCGAGCUCUUCCUCCUCAACCUCAUCUUGCUCAACGUCGUCGUGACGAUUCUGAGCUCGUCGAGCCUCGUGGACCCGGCCAUGCCAGUACACACGCCCUUGUGGUUCAGAGGUAUCGUGUACGUCUCGACCGCUAUCUUUACUGUCGAGUACCUCUUGCGCUGGUGGUCGUGCGUCGAAGACCCGCGCUUCAAGUUUCACGUCGUCUUUGGCCGGUUUCAAUGGAUGCUGCGGCCCAUGUCCCUCAUCGAUCUCAUCGCGCUCGUGCCCUAUUUUUUGGAAAUUGCGCUCUGCUCGGCGACCGCGACGUCGGUGGCGUAUCGCGGCUCGAUGACCAUCCGCGGCCUCCGGCUCCUCCGCGUUAUUUCCUUCCUGCGCAUUGAACGGUCGUACGAUGCUAUCAAGCGGCUGCGCAUCAUCUUUCGGCGAAAACGGCAAGAAUUCUUUGUAGUCACCUACCUCACAGCGGUCGUCAUCCUCGUCUCGGCCACCAUCAUCUUUUUUCUCGAGUUUCCCGCGCAGCCCGACGUCUUCUCCAGCAUUGGUGUCGGCGCAUGGUGGGCGAUCGAGACCAUCACGUCGCUCGGGUACGGCGAUACGGUGCCCAUCACGGUUGCCGGCCGCACGUUCGCGUCGGUCGUCGCGCUCUGGGGUAUCAUCCUCUUUGCAAUCCCAGGCGCGAUCCUCGGCAGUGGCUUCAUUGAGGUCAUGCUCGAGCACCAAACGGCCAAGGAAAUGCGCGCGAAAGACCGGUGGAUCCACGAAAUCUCUUCGCAGCUCCACCACAUUCAGUCGGUCGCCGCGGGCUCGCUCUUGGCGCCUCUGACGUCCUUGUCCAACGUCCUCUCCGAGCCAGUGGAAGCCAGCCCCGACGAGGAUAUCUCCGAGGCUCCGAUGCCGGCGACACCACCACUGUCCAUGCCCCUGGGCACCCCGGAUGCGGCGACGUCGCCGCAUUUGUCGCCGUUUGGGUCGGACGUCGUGACGGUCUCGUCAACACAGCUCAACGAGCUGCUUCAAAACCAGGAAAUGCUGUCGCUUCAGAUCCAACUACAGCGCGAACAACUCGACCGCGUCUUGAAACUUCUCGAGACCAACACUCGAAUUCAUCCCAGCAGCAGCGUGUUUUGAUAAGCACUGCACGUCAAGAUGAUUGGCGGUCACUGUACCAUUUUCAUGGGCAGCGAAGAGACCGCAACACAGUGUUUGCAACGCGAGAAAGAUGUG